CUCAGCAUCCUCAGCCCCAGCAGCAGCCCCCGCAGUUGCUGGAGCGGCCGCGCCCGCCGCAGGGAGGGAGGAGCAUCUGGGGAGGCUCCAAGUUGGCUGAGCGACUAGGACCCCCGGAAUCUUCAGCGGCUGCCCGGGAGGUGCUGAGAGGCGAGCAGGGGAGGGGGCGACGCCCAGCCUCUAGUCCAGAGCCCUGAGCCCCGACCCCCUGCCCGCGGCCGCACCAUGCGCGCCGAGCCGGCGUGAUCGGCUCCGCCCGCAGCCUCCCCGCAGCCUAGCCCGGCGCUCUCGCCGGCCACACCGAGCGGCGCCCGGGAGCUAUGAGCCAUGAAGCCGCCCGGCAGCAGCUCCCAGCGGCAGCCCCUGGCGGGCUACAGCCGUCCCCGAGCCUCCGGCGGCCCCCACGGCGGCCCCGCCGGCCCGGCGCCUGCCCGCGCCCUGGCCCGCGCGCCGCCCUGCCGCCUGCUCCUCGUCCUUCUCCUGCUGCCUCCUCUCGCCACCUCGUCCCGGCCCCGCGCCUGGGGGGCUGCUGCACCCAGCGCUCCCCAUUGGAAUGAAACUGCAGAAAAAAAUUUAGGAGUCCUGGCAGAUGAAGACAACACAUUGCAACAGAAUAGCAGCAGUAAUAUCAGUUACAGCAAUGCAAUGCAGAAAGAAAUCACUCUGCCUUCAAGACUCAUCUAUUACAUCAACCAGGACUCAGAAAGCCCUUAUCAUGUUCUUGACACAAAGGCAAGGCACCAGCAAAAACAUAACAAGGCUGUCCAUCUGGCCCAGGCAAGCUUCCAGAUUGAAGCCUUUGGCUCCAAAUUCAUUCUUGACCUCACGCUGAACAAUGGUUUGCUCUCUUCUGAUUAUGUGGAGAUCCACUAUGAAAAUGGGAAGCCACACCACUCUAAGGGUGGAGAGCACUGUUACUACCACGGCAGCAUCCGAGGUGUCAAGGACUCCAGGGCAGCUCUGUCGACCUGCAAUGGACUUCAUGGUAUGUUUGAAGAUAAUACCUUUGUAUAUAUGAUAGAACCACUGGAGCUGAUUUACGAUGAGAAAAGCACAGGUCGACCACAUAUAAUCCAGAAAACCUUGGCAGGACAAUAUUCUAAGCAAAUGAAGAAUCCCAGUGGGGAAAGCAGUGACCAGUGGCCCUUUCUGUCUGAAUUACAAUGGUUGAAAAGAAGGAGGAAGAGAGCGGCGAAUCCAUCUCGCGGUGUGUUUGAAGAAAUGAAAUAUUUGGAACUUAUGAUUGUUAAUGAUCACAAAACGUAUAAGAAGUAUCGCUCUUCUCAUGCACACACCAAUAACUUUGCAAAGUCCGUGGUCAACCUUGUGGAUUCUAUUUACAAGGAGCAGCUCAAUACCAGGGUUGUCCUGGUGGCUGUAGAGACCUGGACCGAGAAGGAUCAUAUUGAGAUCACCACCAACCCUGUGCAGAUGCUCCAUGAGUUCUCCAAAUAUCGGCAGCGUAUCAAACAGCACGCCGAUGCUGUGCACCUCAUCUCGCGAGUGACGUUCCACUAUAAGAGAAGCAGUCUGAGUUACUUUGGAGGUGUCUGUUCUCGCACAAGGGGAGUUGGUGUGAAUGAGUAUGGUCUUCCAAUGGCAGUGGCACAAGUAUUAUCGCAGAGCCUGGCUCAAAACCUUGGAAUCCAAUGGGAACCUUCUAGCAGAAAGCCAAAAUGUGACUGCACAGAAUCCUGGGGUGGCUGCAUCAUGGAGGAAACAGGGGUGUCCCAUUCCCGAAAGUUCUCAAAGUGCAGCAUUUUGGAAUAUAGAGACUUUUUACAGAGAGGGGGUGGAGCCUGUCUUUUCAACAGGCCGACAAAGCUAUUUGAGCCCACAGAAUGUGGAAAUGGAUAUGUGGAAGCUGGGGAGGAAUGUGACUGUGGUUUACACGUGGAAUGCUACGGAUUGUGCUGUAAGAAAUGCUCCCUUUCCAACGGGGCCCACUGCAGCGACGGGCCGUGCUGUAACAAUACCUCAUGUCUCUUUCAGCCACGAGGGUAUGAAUGUCGGGAUGCUGUGAAUGGGUGCGAUAUUACUGAAUAUUGUACUGGAGACUCUGGCCAGGAAUUCAAAAACAUGUUCCUGUACUAUUACAGUUUUUAUAAACACCCUUUUUACGGUUGCAUGAGAGCCUGUCAUGUGGAUUCAUCAGUUGACUUGACUUGUUAUCCAGUGUGCCCACCAAACCUUCAUAAGCAAGAUGGAUAUGCAUGCAAUCAAAAUCAGGGCCGCUGUUACAAUGGGGAGUGCAAGACCCGGGACAACCAGUGUCAGCACGUGUGGGGGACAAAGGCUUCCGGGUCUGACAAGUUCUGUUACGAGAAGCUGAACACGGAAGGCACAGAGAAGGGCAACUGCGGGAGGGACGGAGACCGAUGGAUCCAGUGCAGCAAACAUGAUGUGUUCUGUGGGUUUUUACUCUGUACCAAUCUUACUCGAGCUCCGCGGAUUGGUCAACUUCAGGGUGAGAUCAUCCCAACUUCCUUCUACCAUCAAGGCCGAGUGAUUGACUGCAGUGGUGCGCAUGUGAUUUUAGAUGAUGAUACAGAUGUGGGCUAUGUAGAAGAUGGAACGCCAUGUGGUCCCUCCAUGAUGUGUUUAGAUCGGAAGUGCCUACAGAUUCAGGCCCUAAAUAUGAGUAGCUGCCCACUCGAUUCCAAGGGUAAAGUCUGUUCAGGCCAUGGGGUAUGUAGUAAUGAGGCCACCUGCAUCUGUGAUUUCACCUGGGCAGGGACAGACUGCAGCAUCCGGGAUCCGGUUAGGAACCUUCACCCCCCCAAGGAUGAAGGACCCAAGGGUCCUAGUGCCACCAAUCUCAUAAUAGGCUCCAUCGCUGGUGCCAUCCUGGUAGCAGCUAUUGUCCUUGGGGGCACAGGAUGGGGAUUUAAGUAAGCAACGGCGCAUGUCUGCUUCUCAGUGGCUCUGGCACUUCUCUUUUCUGCUUACAUAACCAAGUUUUGAGUUCCUGCUACGAGAUUGCAAGGUUGAACAGUAAACUGCUACAAGUAAAUAUUUUUAUUGAGAAAUGGGUUAGAGAAGAAGAAGCAUGGAACAUCAGAUGUCAUCUUCAGGCUAGUGGGAUAACAGGACACGGAGAAGGCACUCACACGCACUAACUUAAGGAGAACAAAGUAGAGGUUCUUCAGGGAAAGAUGCUCCAGCUUUUAGGAGCGAUGCUUUUUAUACACGAUGCUCAGGAAACUAGGUAGUCGGAAAUAAGUGGAUAUAAAUCCUUUGUAUCUGUUUAAACUGAUUUGUAUUCCACUGACAUGUUGAGAUUUUCACAACCUAAGUAACGAUUUAUUUGUUCAUUAUUUUUUCACACAUAACAUGUUAUACAUAGCUUUGUAAUUUGAAAAGCUUCAUUAUUUUAUUAAAAAUAGAUUUUUAAAAUGUUAUUAAUUCCUUAACCGACUGAAUUGGUUUCACGUUGGAAUUUGAAAUCUGUGGCAUUGUGAUACUUAAAUAUUUUCUCAUUAACUGCACAUUAACUGGUAUGUUUCCAUCGUGACCUUUAUUUUGGACUGUGCAUUGAUCAUUGAACUGAGUUUGUUCAAAUAGAAAUGGCAGAUAUUCACAAAUUAACCUUAAUUAUGAUCAAAAUUUGUAAAGCUAAUAUAUCAAGGUUAGAUGUUUUCAUAGCUCAUAGUCAUUGGAUAAUUGCUUUUUAUAUCUUUUCAUACAGUGGUGGCUUGAUUAUUAUGAUUUGUAGAUAAGACUUCCUGUGCCAAAUACUCCCUGUGAUAAAUUAAGUCCCAACCAGAUCUGUAGAAACAAAUUUCAGUGGGAAAUAAGACCAUUACCUAAAUUGAAAACCCACUUUGCCUCCGUCUGGUUACUCAGUAGAGGAAGUUUUUUACUUGAAUUAUCUGAAUAAUUGCAUUAAUUAUGAACUUAAUGCUAUUUUACAUUUUGAAUCCUGAAUUCAAAAUAUUGAAACCAGAUAAAAUAUUAUUAGAAACUGACUAUGAAGGAAAAACAAACCACACAAUGAUUUAAAUACAUUCAACAUUUUUUGCUAAUUUUGUUAUCGUAUUGAUUCAAUGAGUAAGCCUAUAAGUUGUUGAGUGGCUUCAACUUAGAAAGUUCUUAUCAAAUGGUACUUCCUUUCUACAGAGAUACUUGUAGACUUGAACUUGUUUGCUGAAACAGUAGUCUUGGUAUCAUUGUGUUUUCAAAAACACACACAAAAUGGGCAACUCAAAUUUGAAUUUCUCAUUGUGGUAUUAACAAAACAUUGCCCAGGUAAUGAGUCACUUACGGUACCUAACAAUAACAACAACAACAACAAAAUACAUGCAUAUUUUUGUCGUUGUUGUUGUUUGGUUUUGGCCAGCCUGAUUCAAGCAAGAAUUUUUCUUGGUCCCAUAUUACUGUAAAAAAGUCACUGCACAUUAUGGUAGUUCCAUGAUCUGUUAUUUUAUAAUGCUCCCUUGAACUUUUUCAUAAACAUGCUUCAAGAAAAAUAAACUUAGCUUGUGCCCAAGCUUAAGCCUUCUUGGCAUCAGGAAGCUUCAGUUUCAAGGACUGGAAAACAGUCCUGUGCAUCUUUUGCUAUCCAGCCACACACAAUGCCAAAUUUGCCAUCUCGGCCUUCGGAGACAAGAACACUGUUCUGUAGCAGGACCUCAAAACAGUGGCCUGGCCUAGCGCACAGCUUGAAUUGCAUGUUUCUUUGGGGAAAAAUGGAAAAGCCUUUGUCACUGUGUAUAUAAGUGAAUUAA